AUGGACAAAAGCAAGCAAAUGAACAUUAACAACCUGUCCAACAUUCCUGAGGUAAUUAACCCAGGUAUUACCAUUCCCAUAUACGAGGAGGAGUACGAGAAUGGAGAGAGUGCUAAUGGUCAACUACAACAGCCGCCACAGAAGUUAGGAUCUUACCGGUCCCGUGCAGGGAAAUUCUCCAAUACACUGAGCAACUUGCUGCCCUCCAUUAGUGCCAAGCUGCAUCAUUCGAAGAAGAACGGCCAUGGCAAAAACGCUGUUGAGUUUUCCUCCAGCAACAACAGUUCUCAGUCGACGGUGGCUUCUAAAACCCCGAGGGCCAGCCCCUCCCGGAACAAGAUGAUGGACAGCACCAUAGACAAUGUGUCCAUGGAUAGACCGGGCAGUUUAACCCCACCUCAAGACAUGGAAAAACUGGUCCAUUUCCCUGAUUCGACCAAUAAUUUUCUGAUCCCUGCUCCCAGAGGGUCCAGUGACUCGUACAACCUGCCUCACCAGAUUUCCAGGACAAGAAAUAAUACGAUGUCAUCCCAGAUCACUUCCAUGUCGUCAAUUGCUCCCAAGCCUCGCACUUCAAGCGGGAUAUGGUCUUCCAAUGCCAGCGCCAAUGACCCCAUGCAGCAGCACCUUUUGCAACAGUUAGAUCCCACAACGAGCAACAAUACAAACAAUCCGAACCCGCUUAACGACUAUUCAACAAAGACCGCAUUUUUCGACAACUUAGUAUCUACAAGCACGAGCCAAAUGAUGGAUAGUAAAAUGAAUGCAAAUAGUUUGGCUAUUCCAAACUCUCUUUGGUCAAACUCAAGACAAAGGUCUCAAUCAAACGCUUCUAGCAUAUACACAGAUGCGCCGCUUUAUGAACAGCCCGCUCGCGCCAGUAUUUCGUCCCAUUAUACUAUGCCAAUCCAGGACUCUCCCUUGGUGGCUGAUGAGAUCGAUCCGCAUUCUAUUAACUGGGUAACCACAGAUCCCGCUGUACCAUCCAUAAACCAAAUUUCCAAUCUAUUGCCCACUAAUACCAUUUCCAUUUCAAACGUUUUCCCCUUGCAACACCAGCAACCUCAGUUGAAUAACGCGAUAAAUUUAACAAGCACCUCAUUGGCCACUUUAUGUUCCAAAUAUGGUGAAGUCAUAUCCGCUAGAACUCUAAGAAAUUUGAACAUGGCUUUGGUAGAAUUCACUUCCGUGGAAAGUGCCGUAAAAGCUCUGGAUAGUCUCCAAGGCAAGGAGGUUUCCAUGAUUGGAGCACCAAGUAAACUAUCGUUCGCCAAAAUUUUACCCAUGCACCAACAACCUCCACAGUUCAUCCUCAAUUCUCAAGGCUUGCCAUUGGGUUCUGAAAAUAACAAUUUACAACCACAACCAUUAUUACAAGAGCAAUUAUUUAAUGGAUCUGUGACUUUCCAGCAACAAGGCAAUGUCUCUAUACCUGUAUUUAAUCAACAAUCACAGCAAUCUCAGCAAUCUCAGCACCAAAAUCAUAGUUCCGGUUCAGGUGGGUUUAAUAAUGUUCUGCACGGCUACAACAACAAUAAUAACCCUCACAAUAACAGCAACAACUCUGCAAACGAAAAGGAACAGUGCCCCUUUCCGUUACCGCCCCCAAGCGUCAAUGAUAAAGAAGAUUCGUUAAGAGGUAUCAUUGAGCUUUUCAAAACAACUGCCGAUGAAUAUCAAAUCAAUUCAUUAAUAAAAAAGUCACUUAACCACAAAGGAACUCCGGAUACUCAAAAUUUUGGUCCCUUACCGGAACCAUUGUCCGUGAGAGAGUUCGAUCCACCAAAGUUGCGCGAACUAAGAAAAUCCAUUGACUCCAACUUAUUUUCCGAUUUAGAAAUCGAACAGUUAGCGAUUGCCAUGCUUGAAGAAUUACCAGAAUUAAGUUCAGAUUAUCUGGGUAAUACUAUUGUACAAAAGUUGUUUGAACAUUCAUCAGAUAUAAUUAGGGAUGUAAUGCUAAGGAAAACAAGCAAAUACUUGACCUCUAUGGGUGUCCACAAAAACGGGACGUGGGCGUGCCAAAAAAUGAUCACCAUGGCUCAUACUCCCAGACAAAUCAUGCAAGUGACUCAAGGUGUCAAAGAUUACUGUACCCCGUUAAUCAAUGAUCAAUUUGGGAACUACGUCAUUCAAUGCGUUUUGAAGUUUGGAUUUCCUUGGAACCAGUUUAUUUUUGAAAGCAUAAUAGCCAAUUUUUGGGUUAUUGUUCAAAAUCGAUAUGGUGCACGAGCCGUUAGAGCUUGUCUAGAGGCACAUGACAUCGUAACUCCCGAACAGUCGAUAGUCCUGAGCGCAAUGAUUGUCGUGUAUGCUGACUAUUUAAGUACGAACAGUAACGGGGCACUGUUGGUUACAUGGUUUUUAGAUACUAGCGUUCUACCCAAUAGACAUUCUAUCUUGGCACCAAGACUGACGAAAAAAAUAGUUGAGUUAUGUGGUCACAGAUUGGCUUCUCUAACCAUUUUGAAAAUCCUAAACUUUAGAGGUGAUGAUAAUGCCAGAAAAAUCAUCUUAGACUCUCUGUUUGGAAAUUCGAACGCACACGAUUCUUUACCACCAAAGGAGUUGACCAAGCUUUUAUGUGAAACGAAUUAUGGUCCUACCUUUGUCCAUAAAGUUUUGGCAAUGCCUUUAUUGGAAGAUGAUUUGAGAGCUCACAUUAUAAAACAGGUUAGAAAAGUGUUGAUAGAUUCUACUCCAAUACAGCCAAGCCGCCGUUUAUUAGAGGAAGUUGGGUUGGCAUCUCCCUCAAAUUCACAUAACAAGGCAAAGCAGCAACAACAACAGCAUCAUAAUAAUAGCAUUUCACAUAUGUUUGCCACUCCGGAUGCAUCUGGACAACAUAUAAGAGGCCUUUCUGUUUCCAGUGUUAAAAGCGCCGGAUCGAAGCAUACCACUAUGAAUACUGGAACAACCACGGGGUCUACCGCAUCCACAAUGUCACCAGGCCAGUCAUUGAAUGCUAACUCUACAAUGGGUUAUUUCAAUUAUCCUGGUGUCUUCCCAGUGGGGGGCUUUUCAGGCAGUGCCAAUAAUGGAUAUGGUGUUAACAAUGAUGAUCUUAAUUCCCAAUUCGAUAUGUUAAACUUGAAUAACGGAACUCGUUUAUCAUUGCCGCAAUUGAGUUUGACUAAUCAUAACAACACUACUACAGAAAUAUUAAACAGUAUCGGCUCAUCUAAAGGCCAUACGAACAAUAACAACAACAAAAAUUAUAAUGAGGACAAUCCCGCUUUUGAAACUAUGACUUUACACUCAGCAAAUUAA